CAGUCGUCGCUAAAUCAUCCGGUUCUCUGUGCCAAAAUCUAUCCCACAAUCCUCUCACCCUGCCCGGCCGGAGGUGUAUUCAUUUGAAUGGUCCAACUGUGAAACGCUAACACAGUUGUUGCUGCUUUUGGAGUUCAACCAGUUUUUCACGUUCUGGACUUACACUCCCGUUGCGACCUCAAGAGACUUCCUAAAAAUGAAUCGGGUCCCUAAAGUAUGUGGCAGCUGGGAAGCAUGAACUGGGAGGCAUGUCCGGCUAAGUGAACCAGUAUAAAACCAAUGGCUUUCUGCGGUCCUGUCUGCAACUGUCUGCUGCAAAGAACAUGAAGCAGGUGGAUGUUGUAAAUAAGGAAGAAUUAGAUAAAGAAAGAUUUCAAGUCCAAUACGGCCCAUCACACAGCCCAGGCAAACUGAAGCGAGCGUCAUCUAUCAAGAGGAAGGGUUGUCCAGUGGUGGAGGCUGGCUUGAAGCUGCUCCGCAAAACAUCCGAUGUAGGCUUUGCCCGUAAUCACGGCAUGGCCAACAAAGAAAAUGAGCUGACGUGCUCCGAUGAUGUGCGGGGCAUGCACUACAAUGACAACUGCGGGCUCCCUGUGAACUCUGCAGAAGCCUCCAAGAUGGCAGGGGCCAGCUCCAAGUAUGGCGACUUUACCGAGCUGACAAAGGACCAUGAAGCUAUGACUCACGUCCUUUUCGGGAGGAAUCUGCGACUAAAAGUGGCACAGACACUAUGGCGGAGAAACGCUUGUGAGUUAGUGGCCUACCUAAUCAGAAUUCAAGACACAGGGGUGCUGCUUGACUGCUUACCUGUCCUAACAAACAACCUUCAAACUGAGGCACCAUGUUUGUCACUUGGCUGCUGCGUCGACCUCAUGCCCCUGGUGAAAGUGAUUCUCGCAAGUAAAUACGAAGAACACUUAACAGUGGGUUUACACUGGGUUCAAUCCGUCAUCAAGAAAUGGUGGCCAGAACUUUCCAAGAAUGAGAAAAGACUGCGGGACAGUUGUUCAGAAGACAGGAAUAUAGAAGUCAUGAAGCAGCGGCUAAAGGACUUGUGGAAGGAAGGAGCCCGCUUAUGUUUGGUUCCCGGAUCUACAGGAGAACUGGCAAAGGCCAUCGAGGCUUAUCUAUCACAGCUGCCCUGACAGAUGUCCGCGCAGCACUCCGAGGAUGUGACCACUACUGCCGGAUCAUGGCUGUGUUUUGAACUGAUAAUGAUUCCACAGAAAUGGACUGGUUCGUUUUGUUUUUUUUGUUGCCACUUAAACUCUCACUGGGACUGAACUCGAGAAUUCAGACGACUCCCCUCAGUUAGAGCUGGAGACUCUUCAGGAGGGCCGGGAGAGCCGUUUUUUUUGCAAAUACAAAAAAAUGAAAGAGAAAAGAAAACGAACACAGCAAAUGACUGCUUCACAUUGAAGUGGACCGUCUCGUGACGGGGCUCAUUUACUGGACCUCCAUGAGACGGGGUGUUACGUCGCUCUAUGAAGUGCCAAGCUCUUUGUCUCUCACUACAUCACCCUUUGCCAUUGAAUGCAAAUGCACUUGUUGAUGUUACGAAUGCUCCGAUGUCUUGAUGUUGUUUUGCACCUGGGUCCCCUGGAAUCAGGAACUUGAAUCUACAGCAGUCUUAAGUUAUUAGUGCUCCUCUUGUUUUCAUUUUGCCUCUUCAUUUGACUGUAUCAUGUAAAGUGUAAAAACAAGUGAUUCUUUUAAUCUUCUUUUAAAUAAAUUUGAUAAAAAUCAAA